AUGUCGACAAAAAAAUACUUCAUCACUAUCGGGGUCUACUUCUCUUCACUUACCACCCCUCUCAUAUGACGACUAUAUUGUUGAGGUAGAAAAGACUACGUCUAGUCGUCGUCCUACACCGACCUCACAUAUUUCAUCCCGACCAUCAACAUUCCAGGCUAGUACCCUACUGACAGGUUCUCACAAGACACCUCCACCUACUCUGGCGACACAUUCCAUUCCUCGAGCAUCCACUUCCACCCGUAAAGGGAGGAAGACGGUAGCACGAGCAUCACCUCUUGUCUCAGUAGACAUAGGAAAGAUAGCCCAGACGUCGAAUGCUUUCGAUGCUCUCAGUACUUUGAUUGAGGAGACUGAUAGUGUUCCCACUAUAGGGAAAGGUGACAGCCCACGAGUUCGACGAUGCUCCCCUAAACGGGGAAUUACUACUACUACUACUUUACCUUCGACCAGCCUCUCUCCAUCCACUAGACUUCCUAAACCUAUUACUUCCCCCACUACAAGGGACUCACCUAGUCAAACCCCACAUACUAGAUCCCCCCAGGCUAUCCGACCCCCCAUACUCACCCACCCCACUCCACCCAUUAGUGUCUCUCCACCACCCAGCUCCUCCCCGCCCAUUCACUCUUCCCCACGUAGCAUGAGUCCUUCACCUCUUAGUCCCCACCGACCGAGGUCUACCCCUUUCUCUGAGGGUAUAGGCUUGGGCACUACCCAUCCCCCUCAAAUGCCCAUCGAGGAUCUACUAGGAGGGCCUACCCCCAGCAUACUUCCUAUUAGUACAUCUUAUGUAGCCCCCGUUCUGAUUCUUAUACCCUCCCCCCCUCUCCCCCACUACACCCGCCAGAUCAGUUUCCUAUACUUGAUCCACCACCCGUUGAUUCUAGGGAGAGCACCGAUAGAGGACAGUGCUUGACGAAUCGUCAAGCACCGCACCCAUCCUCCUCAUCUAGUGCUCAUGAUACUAGUGGCCACAUGACUAGUACCCAUGAGGAUGGUGGAUCUGAGACUCAUAUUGAGACUACCUACCUAGAGGAGGGAUAUCAGACGGAGGCUAGGACCACACAACUCACUAGACGCUCACCUUACUCCACGAGAUCUAGGACUCGUGGGGCCACUCAUUAGAUCAUGAUACCUAGCAUCAUAUGGAAUUGUUGGGGUAUAGGUAACCUCGAAACCCAAUUCUAUAUAGCUAGCCUUAUCAGACAGUACCGACUAGGUAUAGUAGGCCUCAUUGAGCCCAUGAUAUCAUCAGAUCGUAUCCAACCCUUACUUAAGCGAUUGGGUAUGGAUCAUUUUCACUCCAAACCCACGAAUCAUACUUGGCUCUUUUGGACUAGACCAUACUCUAUGGAGUUGCUAGUCGAGGGAUCCCAGCAUAUCACUAUGACGGUUCGAGAUCUCACCCAAGAGUUCACCUUCUCGGUCAUCUAUGCAUCACAUAGAUCCGAAGAAAAGGAAACUCUUUGGGCGGACCUAGUUCAGUACGUGAGGGACUACCCUACACUAGUUGAGUCUCCUUGGUACCUAGCAGGCGACUUCAAUUGUGUUCGUAAUACUAGUGAACGUCAAGGUGGGCAGAUCACUAGGGCCCGUAACAUGGAGACAUUCAAUGACUGCAUUUUUCGAUUAGUUCUUAUUGAGCCACCUACAUCAGGCGAGGUAUGGACGUGGAGCAACAAUUGA